ACUCAUUUUUACCUUCAACACACCCUUAUUAAUUUUUUGUCAUUGACCAUCUUCAAUGGAGUGCAUGAAUAGCACUACCCUUACAGAAAACCUUCCUGGGCUAUAGCCCACCUUAGCCUUCUCAGUGGCUCCGCCAUUGCACAUGUCCUUAUAUAAGUGGUGGGUUAUGCGUGUUAAAAGGUUAAUAACUUAAAAAUUAAAAAAUUUCACCACUUGCAUAAAAACAUAUGUUGUAUUAUCCGUAUUCUCGUCAUAACUAAAAAUUUCUUCAUAUGAUAAGUCUGUUACCAAUAUUGGUCAAAACCGAGAACCCAUGUGCAACUUUUGGAUGAAAAUCUCGAUUUUGAUCAACAUUGAUACCAAGCUCCACCACUUGAGUAUGAUUUAUAUUUACCACAUACGUCACCGUGAGACACCACCGGACGAUCUAAGCAAUUCCGUCUAUUUCUUCAUCGACCGCAGCCAAUCAAGUAGCAUACGUGUUUCUGUAUGCAUUGUAACUUUUCCCUGUAGAAACCGGCCAAAAUCAAUGUCUUUCCCUUUCCUGUAGAAAGUUAAACCACACAAGAAAAGCAUUCCAAACAUAUGCAUACCCCAACUACAACUUUACACUUCAUUUCCCCACAUUUCUGUAAAGACACUCCACCUUCAUCGAUCCCUAAAAGAGAAAGCAAAAAAAGAGUUUCUUAAACGAACAAUUAUUGGAAGCUUAUGAAAGCAAACAUCUUUGCUUUGAUGUCCACAAAGCCAUCCACCACCUUCUCCUAAUACCUUUCUCCUCUUUUAAUCUCACUCUCUUCUUUCUCACUUAAGUUUAGCAUCCCUCUCUCCUUCUUCGCUAAGAUAUUAGGUUCCGGUCCUUCUACAUAUUCGGAAACAUCACAACACUCUGUUUAUCUAUUUCCAAAGAUAGAAGCCUCUAAGUUUUCUUACCUCUCCUUCAGGUUUCGUCCUUCUACAUAUUCGGAAACAUCACACUCUGUUUAUCUAUUUCCAAAGAUAGAGGCCUCUAAGUUUUCUUACCCCUCCAUUCAAACUUACCUGGAGAGAAAGAUGAGUGCUGAUUGGGGGCCGGUUGUUGUUGCGGUGGUUAUGUUCAUCCUCUUGUCGCCCGGGCUGCUAUUCCAAUUACCGGCAAGGACUAGGGUGAUGGAGUUCGGAAACAUGUCCACAAGUGGAAUUGCUAUUCUUGUUCACGCCGUCAUAUACUUCUGCAUAAUCACCAUCUUGGUCAUUGCAAUUGGUAUUCACAUACAUGUCAACUAAUCUAUAUUGUUUUCAGCCACCUUUUGAUAUCGCAAUAUACUUUCAUAUUUUGUAAGCAAA